AGGGUCCCCCGGAGCAACACUUCCGGGUGGCUCAGCGGAAAGGUUCCGUGCUGAAAGGUUCCGUGCUGCUCUUGUCUGACUAAACGUUUCUUUCUGUGUUUUCAAGUCUCCUCGUGUUUAUAGUUUAACUUCUCAAUGGAACUUGGCUUCGUGGACUCUCACUGUCACAUCUCAGCCCGUGAAUUUGAGCAGGAUCUGGAGGAUGUGCUGCAGAGAAGCAGACAGGCCGGGGUAGAGACUCUGAUUGCUGUGACAGAAGAAGUCGGGGAGUUCAGCAGGAUUCUCCAGCUGCAACAACGUUAUCCAGAUGUGGUGGCUCCGUGUUUCGGUGUCCAUCCUCUGCAGGGCGGCGAGGGGCCCGAGCAGCGCAGCGCCAAGCCUCAGGACCUGGAUGCUGCUCUGCCGCUGUUCUACGAACACAGAGAACGCCUUGUUGCUGUAGGAGAGAUCGGUUUAGACUUCACACCGUGGCGAGCUCCGACUCAGCAGGACAGAGACGACCAGAUGACCGUGUUCGUUAAACAGCUCGACGUCGCCAAGGAGCUGGACCUUCCUGUGAACGUCCACUCACGAUCAGCUGCUAAAGUCACCAUAGAGACCAUGAGAGAACAGGGUAUCAGUCGCGCUCUGCUUCAUAACUUUGCGGGGAAGCCGUCGGUGGCUCUGGAAGGUGUGAAGGCUGGUUACCUCUUCUCCUUUCCACCUGCUGUCUGCAGAAACCAACAGAGAGACAAACUGAUCAGAGACAUCCCACUGGAGCACAUCUGUCUGGAAACAGACUCCCCUGCCCUGGGGCUCGACAAGCACGCGAGGAACGAGCCCUGUAACAUCGUCCUGUCCUGCCGGUACAUCGCUGACGUCAAAGGUCUGUCAGCUCAAACCGUUCAGCUCGUCACGGCACAAAAUGCGUACAGACUGUUCCCCAGGGCUGACACGCAGCAACGCACACACACACACACACACACACACACAGUUCUGAAAUCUACAGUUUGGCCUGAGGAGGUUUUUUUUUUUAUGCAAAAGACGCAGCAGGUUUUGACCUGAUGAUUUGACUCUGGAUGAAACAAGGACACAUUAUAAUCAUGAAGGUUUAAUCUGUGGAGACAUUUCAACUGACGCUCACUGAAGUUUUACAGGGAACAGACAGUGUGGGUGAUAUUCAAACACAGACACAAAGAAAUCUAACCAGUGAAUUGUUUCCUUCAGACUGGGUAUUUGUAUUUGUUGUCCCAGCUCUCAGGGUCUUGCAGCCGUUUUACACCAGGUGUGAUUUAUCUGGAAGAGGAGAAAAGAUGCACAACAAUGAUUCAUAGAGUCGUGAUGAAGCAUCUGGAUCAAUAUAAUGAGAAAUGAUCUAAUAGUUUUCAUAGUUGCAUCAUUCUGCUGCAUGAGUUGUUUAACCCUUGUUGUUGUGUUGUGUUGUUGUUGCACAUACUUUGUUCCUAAAGGUUGUGUUGUUUUUUUGUGCCCAUUUGAUUUACUUAUUCAAGGUUUACUUUACACCUGCAUGACAAAAAGUUUAAGUUAAAAUAAAAAAAGUUCUUGAGCAA